AUGUUUCUGCAGGGUCGCGUUAUAAUUGUUUGGUUAUCUUGGCUUAUAGGAGGAAUUUGCGGAGUUGUUAUUUUGUUAGUUAUAAUUUGUUACUGCCGCCUAAUGCCGCGCCAUCAGAAAUCGUUUGAUGAGCAAUAUCUCAAAGAGAAUUAUGCCAUUAAAGAAAACCAUGCUUACUCUAGUCAGGAAAAUUAUAGAAUAAAACAUGCUGAGGUUCAAGUACAACGCCAUACGCGGCCGGUGAGCUACGCGGGAGACGCGGAAUGUCGCGGUGCGCGGGAGGCGCGGCACCCGGCGCACUGCUACGUGAACCGCGUCCCGGAACAGCGGGACUCCACCGUGCAGUACGCCUCUAGCAGCAUGUUAGACGAAAUUGACAACGCAGCGAACAUAGACGCAUUAAAAACCAGAUCUCUGCCAGCUUUCCUGAGGCCCAAACCACGACCACUCUCCACUGAAGACGACUUACAACAACUUUAUGCCAAGGUGAAUUUAAGCAAGAAAUACAAGAACCGUAUGCGCAGUGAACACGCUGCAAUAAUCGCCCUCAGCAAGUCACACAGCCAGUUCUUUGAUGCUGAUGCUGUCAUCGUCUACGACCAGCGAACUGCACUCUAG